CUCCGGUCCUUCAUUCAGAUCGUAUUCAUGGGGCGCUUCCUCCGGGCCGAGCACUGUGCUGAACGCUGGGGAGAGGGCGUCCGCGGCCUCCGGGAAGCGAGCGAUAAAUCGGAAUGAAUGAACGAGGAGCGGCGGAAAAAGCUGCAGGAGUACUUGGCUGCCAAGGGGAAGCUGAAAUGUCAAAACCCCAAGCCUUAUCUAAGAGACCAGAAUAAUCGGUUAAAUCUUCCACCUUCAAAAUCUACAACCAGACCCGAGAAAGAUGCCGCUCAGCGUUCCCUUUCCAACGUGGUUUUGCCCUGCCCAGUCCCCAAGGCCAGAGGCCCCCUGCCUCAAUCUAAACCCUCCAACGUUCCCCCGUCCCAACGAGCUCCCCCACCGUUUCUGGGAAAAGGACCAACGGCAAGAUGCAGGCCUUCGAAGCCGGGCCCAAAGCAGCUUGCAGGUAACACGGCCCCUUCCCAGCUGGGGGUCAGAACCAAAGACCCCGCUGCAGGCAAACAGCCGGGAAGACCCGGACCUCCGCCAGGGACCCGGGAGGUGAGGAGAUCCGUCCAGCCCAAGAGGGUCAGCCGAGGGAGGGCUGAACCCAGAAACGCUAAGCCGGCUCCCCGGAGGGAAGACCGCCCCAGGGCCCACUCUCCUAAGGGAUCGGGCAAAGAGAACCCACCUUCGUCCGUGGCCGAGAGAAAACAGGAGCCCGACUCUCGCGCUUGCCUUCAGCCAAAGGCGAGUGCCAGCCAUGCCGGAAGGAGCGGACUGGGGCUCAAGCAAGCAUUGGUCAGAGACUGGAAGACCAGCAGGAUUCUCAGAGACCAGAGCAACAGGAGGUCGGUCAGCAGGCCACAGGCCCUGGCGUCCUCGGGAAAACCCCGGCGGCCCGCAAAUGUCGGUUCGGAACGGCCAGGGAGUGGAGUCUCAAGGUCGGCCACGGUGACGGGACAGAAGAAAAACCCAUCUGACGGGAGGCCUGGCCCCCCUUGUGAAAGAAAAAGCACAGCGAGAGGAAACCUGUGCAAUGCAGAUGUCGAGAAAGUGACCCGGAUUUUGGGGGCGAAAUCCAGGAGGAGCGUUUCCAGGGCUGGGGUGACCCCCGCCGCUCAAGUCCCCUAUGUUAGUUUGACCACAUCUACUGCGAAGAGAGAAGGAUGGCCGAACCCUGCCUCACCAGAGGCAACCGGGCCCCCACUUAACCCGACCACCGGCACAAAAGGCGCAGAGAACGAUCGCAGGAGGAAACUGGAGGAGUGGAAACAGUCGAAGGGCAAGACCUACAAGCGCCCUCCAAUGGGGUUUCCAGCUAAGAAAAGAACCCUAGAGAAUCUGAACCAUUCCUUCUGGAAGAAGAUGGAAGAAGAAGAGGAAGAAAAGAGAGCCCAGCUGGAAUUGGUGGAGAAAAUUAACAACGUCCUCGGCGAGUGCCUGAAACUCAUCGAAGGGGGUUCCCAGACUCAAGAGCUGUUGGCCAUUUUGUCCGGCAUCCCGGAAGCGGAGAAGUUUGCCAAGUUCUGGGUGUGCAAAGCAAAGCUGCUAGCCAGACAGGGCCCUUUCGAUGUGAUUGGGCUCUACGAAGCAGCAGUGCAAAGCGGGGCCGUGCCCAUCCAGGAGUUGCAAGAAGUCAUCUUUGAUAUCUUGAAAAACACAAACAGAGAAACUGAAGACGCCGGCCCUCCGGCACGGAGUGAGACGGCCGCCGAGACCACAUCCCAGGAACCCAGACUGCUCCCCACAAGAGAGGGGCCACCGGUGCUGGCUACCCCUCAGACGGUCCCGCGGUGCCGGGUUAACAACCCCAUGUCCUCUAUCAAGUUACACGUCACGCCGAUCCCCCGCAGAAUGACAGAAAGGGCGGCCCCGACCCACGAUCUGAAGCUCCUGACUCCUGUGCGGCGUUCUCUGAGGAUCGAGCAGGCGUUGUUCCGCUACCCCGAAAUGCUUAAGGACCACGACACGGUGGUGGCUUCUCUGGACGAACUAGCGGAAGUGGAUGACGUCGACCUCUUGAUUUACCGCAAAAACGAGGCUUUGCCGGAGGACGUGGGGCUGAACGUGUUUGGUUUAUAGCUGCACGGGGGGAGUCGUAGAAGGGAGCCUUGCUGUUUCUCAGACCCACCCAAGCCAGCGUUGCUGGUGGAUGGAGCCCAAGGCCUGGGAGCUGGCCCACGGCCUCCUUGAGGAUUAGAGGGGUCUGACCCCAGGGGGCUGCGGGCUGUGGAUUUUACGCAGGAUGGGAAGUACUAUGGCUUUAAGCAAUAGAUGGAUGGUCCUCCCGCCUGCAGUCACGUCCCUCCCAGCACCUAGCAGAUGUUCGGCGACUCUCCCACCUCCUCCUCAUCCUGCCCUCCGGCAGAAACGUGCAGCUGGAGGUUCCUUGGGGCGGCUCCACCCCGCUGCCCCCACCUGCCCCUGCCCUGCUUCCCUGGAUCCCAGGCGCACCAAUAACCCAACCUCCACCCACCCGCUUCCCUAAUGCCAGGAGGCCGUGUGAUAUCCAGGCCCCUAACUCGGGAACCUUGAACCUUCCUCUUCACUCUAGGCCCGCAAUAAAUGUUGGCAGCUGGCA